CUUUUUAAACCUCAGCGGUUCAAGAAGACAGCGGGUCCCAAUUACGUCACGCAUCCUCGGCUUUUUCUUCGUUUGACAUAAAUUUUGCGCGUUGAGCGGCUCCGUGGACGGCCGAUGGGAGCACGGCGCGAGCAGCGGUAGAACCCCACAGCGGAUAAUGAGAACAGGGAGAACGGUUCUAUGUUUGAGCUGCGUUCGGAUGGUGAGAACCGCCGCGUGCCGUCCUGUUCCAACGGUCCAACCGUUUCCCAGUGAGGGCAGAGCGCAUUUUCCCUGUGUCACUUGUCAAAACGCAGACUGGACACGUUGACCAAUACAGAGAGAGCAGCGAGGGAGACAGACGACACAAUAACCAGGAUAAUAUUCUUCCCUUUUAUUGCAAUUUUUUUUUGUAUGAGACUCUUCCAGUCGCGUGAAAAGGUUUACACGGUAACUACUGGUUUGUCUUCUGGUAGAAAUCAGCUAUUCUAAUUAACGAAACUGCUAAGAGCCGUUAUGCAAGACGAAUAACGGAGAUGAGAGCGUACGGCGUAGCGGCACAAUAAUCGCAUACAUGUGCUGUGCUCGACUGGAAAACGGUCGACGGGACCUCAUGAAUUGAGUUACAUAUGUACUCUAUGUGUGGGGGAGCGAUAUCCUAUCCGCUCUAUCACAUUUUAGGUUAUCCGUUUUAACUAGCUAGCUUGGAAGCUGCUGCCAAUGCUGGUCCAUUCAGUAUUGUGUGCGUUUGAUUUAGCUAGGCGGCUAACCAGGGCGCGCUGCCUCUGAUGAGCCAGUCAGUGUGAGUAGCGGAAUGUUGACCAAAAUCCUCACCAGGCACUGAUGGCUCAGAUUAAUUAAGAAAACGCUAAUUACUAAUUGUCUUGGAUUAUCAGAUCCCUUCCUACGGCUGCUUUGUUUUGUCAGAACCGUCGGGCCCUGCGAUCAUUCAUGAACUCCUGCGCGCGGAGAAUGGGCCCAUGUCUUAAUUUAGAAAACAAAGAAUUAGGCUACUUGUCAAGAUAAGCUGGUUAGGUAAGCUUAUUUUCGCGUUUUCAGGUGAGCUAGCAAGCUAGUUUGAAGGAUUAGAGAUAUAGACUGGACUGGCUUCUCCCUGGACUCCCUCUGUACCUGAAUCGGAGUCUUUUUCUGUCGAUAUUUCUGCUUCUUUUUUUUUGGCCGCGCCGCACCACAAUGGACAGUGAUACUAAGGGUGACAGCAGUAUGAGCGCCGGGGCGGUGGAAGUGGAGCCCAUGCCGGGCUAUGUGGAUCUCAUCACCAGAGCCUCCACCGUCAUGUUUGGUGCCUUGAGAGACUGUAGCGCCUGCGGUCUGGAGCUCUCCAAACGGACUCUCCUGGAUAACGCGUACAUAACAUGGACCGAAAUUGUCCUGUUUUUCUUUUGCGCCUUUUUGUGGACGCAGAUAAGACGGGGACUGACAGAAUGUCUGUUUAAGCCUCUAGCACAGUGGUGCAGGCUACUGCCCAAAGAUGCUGCCAAGAUGCCGGAGAGCGCGUGGAAGCUGGUCUUCUACACCAUGUCGUGGUCCUACAGCACCUACCUGCUCUUCUUCACCUCCUACAACUUCUUUCACAAUCCCCCCUCUGUCUUUUACGAUUGGAAGAGUGGCAUGUCGGUGCCGACAGACAUCGCCAUAGCCUACCUGAUCCAGGGCAGCUUCUAUGGCCACUCCAUCUACGCUACAGUCUACAUGGACGCAUGGAGGAAGGACUCCGCUGUCAUGGUUGUGCACCAUGUCAUCACACUGGCACUCAUUGGCUUCUCCUAUGCCUUCAGAUACCACAAUAUAGGGAUUCUGGUGUUGUUCCUCCAUGACAUCAAUGACAUCCAGCUGGAGUUCACCAAGCUCAACGUCUACCUGAAGUCCAGAGGAGGAGGCUAUUACCUCCUCAACGAUGUGCUGUCCAACAUGGGCUCCGUCAGCUUCAGCAUCACCUGGUUUUGGUUUCGUCUCUACUGGUUCCCUCUGAAGGUGCUGUAUGCCACAUGUGUGUCCAGCAUCCAGACUGUCCCCAACAUCCCCUUCUACUUCUUCUUCAAUGCUCUGCUGCUGGCCUUGCUGCUCAUGAACAUCUACUGGUUCUUGUUCAUCGUGGUGUUUGUAGUGAAGGUGCUAAAGAUGAAGGAGGUGAACGACGUGAGGGAAUACGAGGAGGAGGAUGGCAACGGCACCAAAACGGCAGCUGGUCUGCUCAAAGAGCCCCAGGCAGAAAGCCACGGUGAUGACGAUGAUGCUGGACAUCACAACUCAGCCCAGGGGAAGCACGUGCAGAACGGGAUCACCAAGGAGAAGCAUCUAUAACGGGCUCUCUGUCGCCACCAGCUGGCACCAGGCUGCAAGUGCAAGCAGGACAAGAGCCCACCUUGGUUGGUUCACACUCAAAACGUGGCUGAGAGAGCGGCAAAAAGAAAAAGGAUGGAAAAUACCAAGUUAGGGCACAAUUAAUUUUUAUUCUUUUUUUUUUUGUUUGUUUGUUUUAGUCUGUUUUAUUUCAUCACUGUCAUUUUUUUUUUGUUUUAUUUUUUUUUUUAAUUAUAGCACUGUGAAUGUUUUUUUCAGGUGACUUUUUUUGGUCUUAUUAUUGUUAUCAUUACAUCUGAUAGAUUGAGUAGAAACAAAACAGUUUGAGUGAGAGUUGGUCCGUGAAAGUGUCGUGUACAGUAGUGCUGGGUGUGCAAACACUGUCAUAAGCAUCGCCGUCACCCUGAACAACAUUUAAAGCACCCAGACAGGACGAGGCUCGUGUCGACCAGUAUUGAUUGUGUUGGACGUUCAGACCAGCGAUAACCUAUAGUGACCUGAUAAACAAGCAACAAACUGUAGGGGUGAGCUGUGUUUCCCGUCAGUGAACUCUGUCAAAGGUCUCUCUGCCUGUGUUUGUGAAGCAAGUGUUUAUUUAAAAGCCGUGUGGAUGCUUUGGUUUGUACCCCCUCCACACCGCCACCCACCUCUAAUCCGUCCAUCCUAUGACUCCAGAUGUGAGGCGAGGGCCCGACGAUUUGAAAGGGAAACACUGCAUUGUUCCAUGCACGGUCCGUGUGGCUGCAGCGGUGCGAGAGCACACAUUAUUGUCUGGUGUUGUUCUAUUGAUUUUCAUAUCAUCGCACAGGCCGAUGGCAGCCACGGCCUCCCCUGCGUCCAUGGGUUAAUUGAAAAGCCACGUCAGUGUGUGUGUGUGUGUGUGUGUGUGUGUGUGUGUGUGUGUGUGUGUGUUGUGGGGGUGGGCGUAAUGAGCGCUCAGAGUAUUGAUGAAGUUAGGGCUUUUUAAUAUGAAGGACUCAAAAUGCUUCGUUGCUAUUUUCAGUGGAAACACUUCACCUAGUUUGAUUUCACUUGUUUCGGUUGUUUUGUUGUCUGUCUUCGUCUCUUGUGCUGUUAAUAAACAGGCAUUGGGGAUAGUCACUUGGCAUUCCUGUAUGGAAAAAGGUGUUUUCACAGACAUUUUCCUGUUAUUUGUCUUUUUUUCCUUAGUGUGUGUUGUAUACCAUCUGUUGCUGCACUGAAAUGAAGGCAUACAAGCUGAUUGCUGGUUUAAUGACAGCAAAUAGCUGGAAUUGAUUGACUGGGUUUCAGUGUCAUCCUCAUGAUUUCAUGUGAUUGAAAAUAUAGAUUUGAAUAAUACUAAUAACUAAUUCAUGGGUGGUGACGGCGAUCAGGUUAACAGAGUAUUUGGAGCAAUAGCCCUGAAACUUGUGUAAAGAUUUAAAAAAUGAAGUACGAUUUAAAAAAAAAAAAACAUAUAUGCACACAUUAUGGUAUUCUGGAAUGCAUGACAUCGGAAUGGUUUUGGAAAAUAUGCUAUGACGUUUUCUUUAAAACAAAUGAACAAAAAAAUCCUCUAGCUAUGUAAUCUUAACCUCUUUAUCGAUGUGCAGAACUCAUCUUCAAAGUGAACUCAUCUGAAGCAGCAGAGACCACCAAACACACACAGACACACAGAGACUUGUUUGCCACCCCCUGCCCCCCCCCCUCACCUCGCUUGGCAUUUGAAGGUGCGUCUCCUCGAUGUGUUCAGAGCUUCUCAAACAUCGUCGUGUUUACACGUUCAGGUCGGCACCUGCAUUUGAUCAGACUGUGUCCCAGCUAUCCUCAUAUGGGAAGACUUUUGAUGUUUAGUACUAAACAGUAGAAAUCUAUGCUACAGAGUGAAACCUAGGAUUACAGUAAUUAUUACAUAAUUUACAAUUGGAAUCAUUUCCAGAGGAUUAAAUUACAAUUAAAUUAAACCGCUGGGGAAUACCUAGACCCUCCUCGAAGGGCCACCGGGAGUCCCUGCACCUCACUUUGAGCACCGCUGGCUUACAGUAUGUGUGUCUGUGGAAGUGUAUGCUGCAUCUGACUAAACUACGUUAAGGGGUGUGUCCAUGCUUCCUACCUUCUCAAUCAAAUUCAAGCUCUAGUUUCGAUGAACAGCAUGCUUGUGCCGCCUGAGCAGGCCGCAGAUGUCGUCGUCCGUCCGUAGGCAAAACAUCCGUACUGUUUAGUUUAUGGGCUCGUCUUCCACAUCCCCAAAGCCGGCAAACUGGCCAGACUGGCGAGUGUGCACUUGUGGGAUUAAAACUAGCUCAUGGUUUUUACAUUCAGCAUCACUAGUGUUGCUGUAAUUAUGGUUGUCAUUGUUGAUUUGUUUUUGAAUUGCUGCUGUUUUGAUUUUUGUUUUAUUUCCUCUGAGAGCACUGUUUGUAUUCCAGUUGUGUUCCUCUCUGCUGUGUAUGAGUUGGUGAUAAUCUGCUCACAUCAGAUACCCAGGGACCAGGAAGAUUAUUCUUUUAUUAAUCUAGAUCACAGUCAUCUGGGUUUAGUUUCAGAUCUCUUCACUUUUAAUCUGAAUGCUGACUCCUUAAUGUUUGAUGAGGAACUUAAGGUGAUGUACGGCAUCGUAUUAAUUUCUUAUAGACCAUAUAUACACAUGUACUGUAAGUAACACGACGCACCACACGAUGCUGUGUUAUAGCAAACAGUUUGGCCUCAUCCACAGGCACAGAAAUGGUAUUUUCAGAUCCAUGGCUUACUCGUUUUUUUUUUCCUAGCAUCAUGUUCUGGCCUCUGGGGAACAGGAAGUGAACUUUGCUGGAUUCAAAUCUUUUGUGGAUGUCCUGCCUACUCAAUUCACUCCUUACCUCCGUCCAAUGCUAUAUUUACUGUGAGACUAGUUUAUAUCCAUAGUUUGCUGAUAUUUGAUGAUAUCAUGAUUAUAGAAGAAGUAAACCUGAAUUGGGGCGCCAUGUUUGUGGUAAACCAACAAGACCUGGGAUCUGAAUUAUGUGUAACACGUCCCUGAAGUCUGGCAUGGUACUGUCUACUAAAGGUGUGUGUGCUCUUUCCCUCCACCUCUGCCCACAUCUCUCCCAGUGUGUCAAACCUGUGACUGCAGACCACAAACAGUGCUGUGAUCUGCAAUGUGAAUGAUUAACCACUCGUUUGAAACUGACAGCAAUGUCUUAUUAAGACUGUAAUCCCCCUCGAAAAUAUUAUUUAAACUCAAAAGGGAAAAAAAAAAAAACAUUUUCUUUCUAUACAAAUUUGGCUGUGCUUUAAUAAGCAUU